UCUGAUAGCCUCCUCCAGUGAGACAAGAUGCUGCUUCCCAUGGCAUCCGUUGCUUGGCUGGUGCUCUCCUGCCUGGUGCUCCAAACCCAGGUGAAAGGUGAAGACCUGCAGAACGAAGAGCUGUCUCCACGAGCCAGGUGCCCCAAAGGCUCCAAGGCCUAUGGCAACUACUGUUAUGCCUUUUUCAAGAUAGCAAAAACUUGGAUGGAUGCCGAUUCGGAAUGCCAGAAACGUCGCAAUGGACACCUUGUGUCUGUGCUCACUGAGUCUGAAGGCUACUUCGUGGCCACUCUCAUCAAGAACAGUGGGACAACUUAUGCUAAUGUCUGGAUUGGACUCCAUGACUCCACUGAGAGUCAACCCAAUGCAGGUGGAUGGGAGUGGAUUAAUGGUGAUCUGUUGAACUACGUGGCCUGGGGGUCUGGACUCCCUAACAAUGCCGGGUACUGUGGGGCUGUUGUUAGCGGCACAGGCUAUGAAAAAUGGCAAAAUUUUAGCUGUAAAACUUCGCUGCCCUACGUCUGCAAAUUCGAGAGCUAAAUCAGAUCAGAAAUCUACAGGCUGAAUCAACAUGCAGCUUCUUGAUGAUGUUCUUCCAAUCUUAAAAUGGAUCCUGGAAGCAAAUCUCUUCCCGAUUUCAACCCUGGAAACACAUCCUGUAUAUCCAAUUCUCCAGUCUUACUGCAAGCCUCCCUUGUAUGCUUAAA